UCAACCAAUCACAUGAUUCAUAUGUAUGGAUACAUACUAUAUGUAGUACCCUUUUAGAUUUGUCUUUAAUAGACAAAACAAUGCACUCUCAUCUUUAAUUUGCUUUGCUGAUGUAGAUGUCAACAUUGUACCUCCUUUAAUGGAAAGAUUGUUUGGAUGACCAUGUAACAACUUUUGGAGAACAGGAGUAGAAGUAAAAAGUCCAUCUAUCAUCAAGCACGCAGUUCACAUGAACGGAUGAGAUUUACAUCAUGAAAUGCGUGCUUAAGUUGUGGUUGUGCGCAUCAUGAUCUGCACAUAUUUUAUACUAUGAGCAUUGAUGUCACAAUGGAUAAACAGGCACUAAAGGCAUCUAUGCAGUAGAAUUUAUACAGCAGAAGGACUUCCUGGUAAAAGUGUCUACCACACUUAGGCCUUUGUGCUUUGGAUGCUGCAAUAAAAUUAAUUUCAUCAAUCUUCAGAGGCCUCGCAAGACUUUUUAAUAUUGUAGAUGUACACUGUGAAUGUGUUAACGACAUCUAGAUUUAAGAGUUGGACUUGUGGAACUGUACUCUGAAUAUACACAUGCAUCAACUUCUAACUCAUUGUGUACUUUUCACCAACACAUACAUUCAUCAGAGAACCCUAAAAGGGAGGAGUUUGCAUCAAUGAACAAUAAAAAGAUCAAUGGACCUAUCUGACCUGACCGCUUAAACAAGCAUCUCACAGAAGAAUUUAGGUCAGUUAUUUGACAUACCAUAACCUUCCCUUGAUCUUCAUAUCCCCAAACUGUACUUAACUGUUAUUCAUUUCUCAAAAUGAGUAUAAGAAGAAUCAUUUACAUUCUAACCAUUCUUACUAUGUUUAACAUGUGUGAAUCUAUUGAUGAAUUCCUAACAGCUAUGGAAGGAGAUACUGUAGAUCUUUAUUACCGUUAUCCAUGUAACAGUACAAGAACUACUCUUCAGUAUGGAAGAAGAAUGCCUUUCUACAUUUUGGAAGAUGCGGAGUCUAUCACUUUGCCACCUGAACAGGCAAAGAGAUUUACUUUCACUAAUGAAAAAACAGAAGAUGACCAUUGUCUGCUAUUUAUUAGAAUCAAAGAUGUUUCAAGAACUGAUGCUGGAACAUAUAUAUUCUUUGCAUAUAUCAAGGAUGAUGUACAUGACAAUUCAUUGAAAAUGAUAGGAUUGGACGUUGAUUUUCUACCUGGAAAGGCAUCAUGUGAAAUGAGUUAUGAGGGAAUGGAAGGCGAUUGGGUAACACUGAAUUGUAUAGCUCCAGUAGGGAGUGUUUCAGGUCAAAUCGUCUGCUAUCAAAAUGGAGAGAAGAUGCCUUCACGUACAGAUCCAUAUGAGACCAACAAAUAUUUGAAACAGACCAAACUUGCAAAGAAAACACUCCCUGUCUUUUGUUGCUCUUCAACAUGGGAACACACUAAAGAUAGAUGUGAAUGCAAUGAUUUUCAAUGGGUCCUCUCUAAUAAUAAAAACAUGACCUCAAUCAUAGACCCAUGUGGUCCACCAACAACCAUAUCAGUACCAAAUGCAAAACUGACCACUGAGACAGUCUUACCUCCAUCAAAGAGUAAAGAAUUUGUAUCUAGAGAAGGAAUGACUUCCCAGUCUCCUCAUGAGACCAUGACUGACUCAAAACAAUCUUGGAAUUUUAAUCAAGUAGCGUCAAUCGUCUGUUUAGUCUGUAUAGCAGUGGCCGAAGUAUUUUUAUUUCUACAUGUAAUUGCAAUAAAACAAAAAUUCAGAAAAUCACUGUAUGAAUUCACAUCAAGUGAGGAUAAAAAUCAAUAUGCUUUUUAUGAACCUCUACCCAAGAAUUCAAAAGCAAAAGAGAAGAAAAUUGAUUUCAAGAGUUGCAAUGAAAAUACAGAUCUACAGGAGCCCCAAAAAUAUGAAGAAUUUGAAAAUAUUGUUUAG